AUGUCUUAUUAUCCCGGACAAGGCCACGGCGGUCACGGCGGCUACCCCGGCCAGGGCUACGGCGGGGGAUAUCCCCCACCUGGCCAACAGUAUUACCCCCCUCAGGGACAGCAGGGCUACUAUCCCCCUCCUCAGCAGCCCCAAGGCAACUACUAUCCCCCGCCCCAGGGACCUCCUCCGUCGCACCUAGAUCGCUAUGGCAUGCCCAACCACCAAGGAGGAGGUCACUAUGGCGGGGGAACUCGCUCAGCAGGUGCCCCGCCCCCACCACCUUCUGGCGCGCAGCAAUUCGGCCACGGCGCGCCGGAGGGCUACUCGUUCCAGUACUCGGACUGCACGGGCAAGAGGAAGGCGCUGCUGAUCGGCAUCAACUACUUCGGCCAGGAGGGCGAGCUCCGCGGGUGCAUCAACGACGUUAAGAACGUGUCGGCGUUCCUGACGGAGCAGUUCGGGUACCGGAGGGAGGACAUGGUGAUAUUGACGGAUGACCAGCAGGAUCCGAGGAAUCAGCCUACGAAAGAGAAUAUUUUGAGGGCUAUGCAGUGGCUUGUUUCGAAUGCGCAGCCGAAUGACUCUUUGUUCUUGCACUACUCGGGUCACGGUGGUCAAACCGAGGAUCACGACGGCGAUGAGGAAGAUGGACACGACGAAGUCAUCUACCCCGUCGACUUCAAAGAACACGGCCACAUCGUCGACGACGAGAUCCACCAUGUCGUCGUGAAGCCCCUGCAGCCCGGAGUGCGGCUGACGGCCAUCUUCGACUCGUGCCAUUCCGGUUCCGUCAUGGACCUGCCCUACAUCUACUCCACCAAGGGUGUCCUCAAGGAGCCCAACCUCGCCAAGGAAGCCGCUGAGGGUUUGUUUAGCGCGGUCUCGGCUUACAGUCGUGGUGAUGUUAUGGGUGCUGCGUCGAGCAUCUUUAGUCUUGCGAAGACGGCUAUCUCUGGGGAUGGUGCCUAUAAUAAGACCAAGGAGACGCGUACGUCGCCUGCGGAUGUUAUCAUGUGGUCUGGAAGCAAGGACAGCCAGACUUCGGCUGAUGCGACCAUUGGCUCUCAGGCCACUGGCGCCAUGUCGUGGGCUUUCAUUUCUUCGAUGAAGAAGAAUCCCGAGCAGAGCUACGUCCAGCUUCUCAAUAACAUCAGGGACUUGCUCGAGGAGAACUACUCGCAGCUGCCCCAGCUGUCCGCGAGUCAUCCCAUUGACACCGAUUUGCGAUUCAUUAUGUAG